CGACACUGUUCAUUUCAUUUUCUCAUGUACACCAUCUCUUUAUUGAUAGAUAUGUUAAGGAAGCAAAAGUAAGCCAAAAUAUCAUUACUGAUCCUCGCAAAUCUUGCAGCUAUGGUCCGACCAAAGGGCGGAAAGCUCAACGUCUACGUGGACUGCGUAUCUCCGUACUCCUGGUUUGGGUUCACCAACACCAUUAAAUAUCGACCGCUGCUCAACGCCCAUGGCGUUUCUGUAGACAUUAUCCCCUUCUUCCUGGGUGGCGCACGUGAAAGCGUUGGAAAUCCGUGGACACCGACACCGAAAUGGAAAGAGGAGUUCUCGAAGCAGGAUAGUGAAACCACGGGACGUCUGUUAGGACUUAAGAUCGUGCCACCGAAAGAUUUUCCUAUUCUUUCGUUGUUCCCAGUGCGUGUAGCGACCUGGAUCAAGGAUCACUACCCCGAUGAUAAGUUUGAAGCUGCAUUCCAGUCUCUGGUGUCUGGAUACUGGAGCAAAGGGAUAAAUGUCUCUACCCCGGAAGGAAUCAUCAAAGCUCUUGACGGAAUUUUUAGCCAAGCGGAGCUGGAAGAGAUUCUGAAGAGCGCAGUGACGCCAGAGAAUAAGAAGAGGGUUAUUGAUCAGACGGCGAGCGCUGGGGCCUUUGGUGCGCCGUGGAUUGUGGGUGUGAAUAGUGAUGAGAAGAGGAAAGCCUGGUUUGGAAAUGAUAGGUGGGAUCAGAUUUUUGAGCAUUUGGGUGUGCCAUAUAUGCCUGUUUCGAUUAUUGUUCCUAGCAAAUUGUAAAUCUUAGUUCGUACUUCAGGUUUCGAUAACGAGCAGCGCAUGAGCACGAAGACGUCAGUCAAAGGAUGUGCCGCUCCCUCAAAGAGACAAGUUCAGUUUAGCUAAAGAAAAUCC